GAUGAUAGGCAGGAGGAUACCCAGCGACCCCAAGCCGAGCAAGCGUGCAAGGAAUGCCGUCGCAGGAAGUCCAGAUGCGACCGCAAGAUACCCACGUGCUUUUUGUGCCUUAAAUUUCAACGUCAAUGUCUCUACGAGAAACUCGCAAAAACACCCCUCACUCGGCGUUAUCUCAAUGAAGUAGAGAACGAGCUCAGGCAGGCCAAGGAGCUACUGCGGCAAGUGAUGCCAGAAGCAUACAACAACGCCUUGAAUUUUGGGACAUCACCAAAUGCAGAUCAUGCACCGAGCUCUGACAAUGGCCCUGGGCCAUGCCGACUGCAAACGACCUGCGAAUUCCCACGCAACUCGGUACCGUCGUCUGUUCGAGCGCAACAAGGUCAAGAUCAAUUCGAGUAUUGUGAAAGCCCGUCUCAAACACGGAGGCGGCAAGCUUCCGUUCCACGGAGUUUGCCGCGAAAUCAAACGCCAGAAGCUGGCACAGGCCGGUCCCUGGGGCCAUCUGGGCUUUCUUUGGAGACUCCACCAUCCACCAGUAAUUUUGAAUGGGAUGAGCGACCUGGCAAUGGAUAUGGAGAUAGAUUUGUCGACGGCAUGGCUAGCUUAACCAGUAGCUUAAAUGAGGGUGGAUAUCUCGGAGCUGCAUCCGGCGCAGCACUCCUACGGUUAACUGAUAACAGGCAGACCGAAACAUUGGGCAAUGCAGAUAAUAUUGAACACAUGACGCAGCAGCAGACUAUCAGCAUUCCCUUUGCGUUGACCUCACUCGGACAACUAGAACCAUUUGUUGAGGCAUACUUCUCCCUGUAUCAUCGGUCAUAUCCCAUUGUGCAUGAAGCGACAUUUCGGGCUCAGUUUAUGGAAGUAAUUCCACGGCCGAAUGGGAAAUACUGGCAAGUGUUGCUAUUUGUAGUCGCAGCCACUGGGGCAUUUACCGCCUCAACCCAACCGACUGAUGUGGACCUUGGCCUUUUCAAAGCGGCGAAGGAGCGACUGUCCGUCGACAUGCUCGAAACUGGUAACUUGAUAUUGGUUCAGGCUUUGACUUUGAUCUCAAAUUACAUGCAAAAACGGAAUAAACCAAACUCGGGAUACAACUACAUGGGAUUGGCGCGACGCAUCGCUAUGGGUAUUGGGCUUCACAAAGAGUUUCCAACCUGGGAUGCUAGCCUGUUCACAACAGAAAUGCGAAGACGAGUGUGGCAUUGUCUUUACAUUUUUGACGUCGGUGCUAUCAUUACAUUCUCGCGACCAUUGGACUUUCCAGAUGAGGGAAUCGAUGUGGAGCUUCCCAUGAAUGUGCAUGAUCUUGACAUAACUUCAGGGACUAAAAACAUCCCUAAAUCAGUAAAUGAAACUACCGUAUACACACAUCUGCGAGCCCAAGCAACAUUUCACACAGCAACCAGCCCAGUAUACACAAAACUCAUCUCGUCACCAUUUCCGCCAGCAUCAGAGAUGAUCGAGCUCGAUGAUACACUUAUCGGUCAUUGGCUUACAACUCUCCCUCCUUUUUUUGGGGAGAGCGUGAUCCAAGAACCACGGUUCCGUCUAUGUCAUUCGAUUCUGCGCUGGCGAUACCGCAACUUUCGCAUUCUCAUGUAUCGUCCGUUCCUAGUUGGACGACUGAUGGCCCGCCCGGGAUGGGUCUUGGGUGCUCAAGAUAGCGACGCACAAGUUGACUUGGCCAUAAAACGAUGUCUGGAUGCGGCACAUGAGUCUUUAGAACUGAUAUCAACAUUUUGGACUAAUGAACCAAAGACAACGAUGGCUUGCUGGUAUGGGCUUUACUUUCUAUUCCAGGCAAUUCUGAUUCCGGUUAUCUGUCUGCGAAAUAAUCCCCAGGCAGCUUUCGCGAUGCGAUGGCGUGAGCAGAUAUGUCAAGCCAUGCCAAUCCUGGAGUCCAUGGCUCAACUCAAUCCAACUGCUCUUCGUUGCCUGGAAAAGGUCCGGUCCCUCUGUGGAGCAUAUCUUGACCCAUCAGUUGACGAAUGGGGCCAACCAACCGAAGAGUCGCCGCAGACGCAACUUGCAAAUCUGUACCCUUUGAUGUGGCCCACAUUGGAAAUGACCCAGCUAGAUGGGGUUGAUUCGAUUUUACAGGAGUCGACAAUUCUGGAUUUUAUGAACCAACUACCUGGAGUCGAAUAA